AGGGUGUGAGUUUUUUACCAUUAAAUUCGUGCCUUCCGCCGCUUCAAAGGAUCAGCAAUCAACACUUGCAGAUCAGUCUAUGUUCCAGUGCCCGGGGGAUAAUUCGCUCGGAAUACAAUGACCCAAUAAGUCUUUGUCUGGCAAUCCUUGUAAUCACUUUGACCCACAGCCUUCGCCACGUUCUAUGUUCAGUGCAUCCAUCGCAUGCUCGCAGGUCUUUAGACUGAUGUUGAUAGAGGAGAUUCUAGGAGAUCAGUCAUAAUGUCAUCUCGCGACGAAGACUUUCGUCGUUCCCGACUUCUUGACGGUCCAGAGUGGCUAGGAUAUCCGCACGAUGGCUAUGAGCCUGUGUCUCUACGCGAAUAUCUCGAUGAUCGACCGAAAGAUUCUUCAACCCGAUAUCUGGCGACUAGCUAUCAAAGCCUGCUCACAUUCGGCCUGUUGGAAGCGGUGGUUGAGGCCCCCAUAGCAGAAGAAAUGCUGCUGGAAAGGAAUCGGAGUGGCAAGAUAUUUGAGCCACUAGGGGAUGGAAUAUCGUCAAUGGUUUGCUUCAUCGUGUUCAUCGCUGAAACAUUAGUUAAUGCGCACGCAAGGAUGAUUGUAGGAUCUCCAACGCCUAAAGAAGGGUUCUCAUGGUCUAUGAUCUGGACACCGCCAAUCAGAGAGUCAUUACGAAGAGAAAUGCAUGACAACGAAUGGUGUCUGUUGGCAAUCGAAUAUCUGGCCAGUACCAGGACAAUAUCAUCCUUGCGAUAUGCCUGCGAGCACGGUCCGCUAGGUGACGGCAAAGAUCACUCGGCUUGCACGCCACAGUUUUGCGCCGCUUAUGAUAUCGAGAUGGGAAUGUACGUCCCAAAACACAAUAAUAUUUGCGGAUCCAUGUUGGGGGACUCAGCUACCCUGUGCGAAUACUCCAUGCCUGCACUCGUGCAAGUCAUUGCGCAUAUCAAAGAUAACUAUAUGCCCGUAGUCGCUCUUUAUUAUUCUAGUCGUAAGGUUUAUAUAUCGAUGAUAGUGAGAGACGGCUGGUAUAUUAGCACUACAAACCACGAGGUACUUGCUUUAGUCCCUGUUACACUUUGUAGGAAGUAG